AUUAAUUUGCACGAGCCGGACCACUGCCGCGCCGAAGGGCCGUGAUUUCUGAUGGUCGUGUGUACGUGUGCCAGUCACACGUCUGUGCAUUUAGUCAUUAGUUCCUCGACGGUGUCGUACAAAUCAUGGAGUAAUAACAUAUGGUUUGACACAUACCAGUAAUAUAUUCCGAUGAGUAAUAAUGUCAGCCUUUGUACAGUAUGUUGUUGUACGGAGAGAUCUUUUGCACGUUUUGAAGUGGCCAACUGGUGCCGUGAUCGCGCAGGCUUGCCAUGCAUGCACUGCCGUCUUGCACCAAUUUCGAGAUGAUGAAAAUGUCCACUUAUACACAUCACAAUUGGAGAGUAUGCAUAAAGUAGUCUUGGAGGCACAGAAUGAAGACAGUUUAAGGACUCUAUCUACAGAACUGACUGCAUCUCACAUUGACCAUACGUUAUGGAUUGAGCAGCCUGAGAAUAUUGCAACAUGUAUUGCAGCCAAACCAUACCCAAAAGAACAAGUACAGAAACACUUCAAGAAGUUCAAGCUUUUCAAAUGACAAUGGCAAAUAGAUUAAGCAGCUCUGGAAAGAACAGUGACGGAGUUACAAGUACACAUAUAUGGUUUCUCCUCCACAGGUUCCAGACCCGCGAGUUCAUCGUGAAUGACAUGAAGAUGAAGACUCCUUGUAAUGAGUUAAGAACAAUAGCAACGUACCACAGAGACUCUGUAUGACUGAAUGCUGCCGCAAAGGAAAAGGCCCAGGAAAACCCCAUCAAGCUGCCAAUCUGUGCAAGUGAAAUAAAACGUGAUGAAUCUCACUGUUAGUACAGUGUCUUUGAGAAAUGAAAAGCCCCAACAUUUUUUAUUACACAACUAUCUAUAUACUAUAUGCAUGUUUCAAAUAGGGGUGUCAUAUCAAGGGAUCAACCCAUUAAGCUUGCCUCUCCAAUCCAGUGUCACAUGUUGUGCCCCAGAUUGUUAUAGCAAGAUUGUUCAAAACAUCAUGGAGCAGGGCUAAAUGAUCAUGAAUCCGACCUUAGUUGUGUUGGCUACAGGUCAUGACACUUUAUGUAAAACGUAUUCAGGUGUCUGCUUUCUGGACAACAGUUGUGCAUGUGCAUGCAUCUUGCCUGAGUUAUGGUGGUCCUGGAGGGACAUCGUCAAUACUGAUGUCAGUAUUGACGAUUGGCGAUGUCCUCCCCUGGCCACCAUACAUGUGCCUGAGUGCCUGUACAAAAAUGUAACCACAGUACACUAUCUACAUGUGCAGCAGUUUCAAGCUAGUGUAUGUGGUGCAGGUCUGCUACCAUUCAGAGAGUGUAGUAGAACUGUACAAAGGGGAUCGGUUUUGUUGGACCUUAAAAGAAUGUGGACUGCUGUUUUUAACUGUUGAAAUAAUUUGUUGGAUACCUAAUUUGCAUGUAUAACAUGAAUUGUUAGAUUGGCUUUGGAUGCCAGACGAGACAACAGAAGACUAUUACAAGGACUGUUCAAUUAUCCGUUGGGUCUGCUGUAAGUUUUUAUAAAGAAAUCAAUCGGGGUCCAGUCAAUAUCCUCUUUAAAAGCCAAGCAUACUGGUCUGUUGGGUUUGUAAUGCUUUGAGCAUAUAAUGCUUCAGUGUGUGAGCAGAAGAACCAGUUGGCGUACAUGUACAUCAUACAUGUACAACAAAGAGGAAAAGUGGUUUAUACACAACAAGAUCUUUUAGAUUCUGUCUACUGACCUUCAUCCUUCAGGUUUAUGGUAAUAUAUACCAACUGUAAUCCUAACAGAUAUGUAGUGGUACAGGAGCACUCCCAAACCAAAUUUUUAUAGACGUUUAAGCCAAAGUAUGUUUCAUUUGCACAACCUUGUUAGAAAAUUAAAAAAAUCAACUGACCUUGAUGUAUAUGAA